AUUUAUUAUUAUUAUUAUUAUGGGUCGUCAUUUUCGUACACCACGUAUUGUUCCUUGGACGAGUAAUCAAGAAUUUCUUCAAGUAUUUGAAUGGUUAUAUUCUGACGUGUCUCAACGACCUGAUCUUGUUCAACUUGGUGUCGAUCGAUUAAAAGCUUGGCAAUGUCGUGGAAAAAUACCUGUAGCCAUUACUGCAACAAUGGAUUUGAUUGAACUUCAACUACGAGAACAAAAGGAAAAACAAUACCCAACUCUUUCACAAAACGAAUUACGUCUUUUGUAUAGUAGUGUUCUUACAAGAUUUGUCAAUAUCUUGGAAGAUUCUCAACAAAAAGGUUAUUUUGCAAGAUCAUUAUUCAAUAUUGCCAACCAAAUUGGUUUACCUCUUCACUUUGUCGAACUUCGACAUGCUGCCACUCAUGAAGGUCUUCCAGGACUAUUAACAUUACGUCAAGCUAGUGUACAGGCUUUACAAUGGUUAUAUGAUACGUAUUGGAGUGCUCAAAUUCAACCAGAUACUUUAGAUGCUGUGGAUGAUCGAUUGAUGCGAGUUUUAUCACAAUUACUCACUACAUAUAAAGAAACAAGAAAAGCAUUUUUAAAAAAUCCCAAACCCAAAGCGAAAGAUCGACUUGAAGUUGAAAGAACUAUAUCAAACUUGACUUAUAGAUUAUCACAAGAUAUCAUCAAUGAUAGCAUUGUUCCAUUAUUAUUGAAAAUUGGUGGACUCGUACCUGCUGGAAAAAAGAAACGAGCUUCUGUUGACAAAAUGUCUAUUUCUGAAGAUCUAAUUCAACUCUGGAUGCCAUUAUUAUUGGAACUCGAUAAAGAAUAUCCAAAUUUUAUAACCAAUCUGGUCAACGCUAUGUUAGAUCGACUUGAUAUUGACAAUGGUUUUAAACUAUCUGAAAAUGUUUCACAAUCAUUCUCUUUUAUGUCUAACGUAGUGCAACAAGAUCAAGAAUCAGAAAAAUUCAAACAAACAAGUUAUCUUUUGACUCUAACAUGCUGGCUACGGUAUUUUGUAUCUUGUGUUUAUCGAAAAACUGGUAAUAACAGAUUCGAUCAAAGUGUAUUGAAUGAUAUAUUGGAAGGAUGUUUAAAGAAACCCAACACAUAUUCAAGAAGCGUACUUCAAUCCAUCAUGGUGGCCGAUCCUAUUCUUGGCAAAAAGUUGACACCCUUUAUUAUUUAUAUUGAUCGCUCUAUGACACUUACAUCAAAUGAUACAAACAAAUCCAGUGAUUCUAUGGAUAUCCCAAUGGAAGAAGAACUGGAUGCUCUGACACAACAAAUGACCCAACUGAAGAAAAAGUUGGGUAUUGAUGACACUUCACUUACAUUUGAUGACACAAGAAUCCAUUCCGAAUCUGGCUGGACUCUUCAUGAUGAAAAAAGUUGGAAACCUUGUCCUAUUGGUUGUUUACCGGAUGGAAGAAUACCGAACUUGGAUCUAAUGAUUGCAGAUGAUGAUAUGAUGAUAGACUAGAAAUUUAGAUGAUAGAAUAGUAUUGAUUAUUAGAUCAUCACAUUCUUACAAUAAAGCAUGACCAUUUUUUUGGAUAGUAGUG